AUGUCGUCGAGGACACUGGCAUCGCUGUGCCCCAGAUGCCAACUGACAUUACGGCCCCAGCCCUUCCCCCGACUGACGACUUCGCCGUGGUUCACACAAAGCGCCGGCUACCGUUCGGCGGCAAAAGAGAAGCCAUCGCGCAUGGUUCUCUCUGACAACGUCGCAAAACCCCGAAACCGAGAUGCCCGCCCGCCGAGACGACUGGUCGAGGGACCCUUUGGCGGAAUGAACCAGAAAUUUGCGAGGGUCCCCGAGGGGCCGCGCCGUGUCGCCUCGCGACCGUCCAACGCGAAACUGCCAUCAGGCAGACCUAGCAGAGGGGGCGAAUCCCAGACCUCAUCCGAUCCGAGGAAAGCGCUGAAGAUGCAGCGGUCUCUGGCGGGCGUGUCGUACGGAAAGAGGAACGCCUUGAAAGAUAAGAUGCAGGAAUACGAGUCUUUUGACCAGUUCAACCUCCUCCCUGCUGUCAAGACAGCCAUCAACGAGGAUCUCCUGCGGGGAAUGGUGGACAUCAAGCCGACGCCCGUCCAGAGGCUUGCGAUCCCGGCGAUGCUGGGUCAGACCAGCGCGUUCAAGGUCAGGGGCGAGAAGAGGCAAGACUUUCUGCUCGCAGCCGAGACGGGUUCCGGCAAGACGCUGGCAUACCUGCUGCCUGCCGUCAACGCCAUGAAGAUUGCCGAAGAGGCAAACCCUGAGAUUCAGGCUUACAAGAAGCGGUUUGAGGAGGAGAAGGCCAGAGAGAGGACAUCGAAAUCAAAGAAGAUCUCUACAUUCGAUGAGCCUCACCCGACCCUGGCCAGGCCUCGCGUCAUCGUCCUGGUUCCUUCUGCAGAGCUUGUUGACCAAGUCGGCAGAGUGGCCAAGACGCUCUCCCACGCUGUCAAGUUCAAGUCGGAGAAGCUCGCGGCCAACCUCAGCGCUACCACGAUCCAGCGCAACUUGUACUCGCCGCGCGGUAUCGACAUGGUCAUCACAACGCCUCACCUGCUGGCCUCGAUCGCAGACUCCGACCCCAACAUCCUCUCUCAGGUCAGCCACCUGAUCGUCGAUGAGGCGGACUCGCUGUUCGACCGAAGCUUCGCGCCCGUGACCACAACCAUCAUCGACAGGGCGAUGCCGUCGCUGAAGCAGUUCAUCCUCUGCUCAGCGACCAUCCCCAAGAGACUGGACAACUACCUGGCCAACAACUUCCCCAACAUGACCCGCAUCACGACGCCGAAUCUCCACGCCAUCCCCAGAAGAGUCCAGCUUGGUGUCAUUGAUGUCGUCAAGGACCCCUACCGCAACAACAAGAACUUGGCCUGCGCCGACGCCAUUUAUACGAUUGGCCGCGAGGCGUCCAAGCACGAGGGCCCGAUCCAGGGCGAGAUUGACGUCCGUCGUAUCAUGGUCUUUGUCAACGAGCGCGAAAAGACGACCGAGGUGGCCGAGUAUCUCCAGUCCAAGGGCAUCGACGCCGUCGCGCUGAACAGGGACACGGCCGAGAAUCGCCAGUCCGAGAUGCUGAACGCUUUCACGUCGUCGGAACCUCUACGCUCAGUGUCGACAGAGUCCCCCGUCACGGGCAAGCGUUCGCUGCCCAACACCAAGGUUAUUGUCGCCACGGACCUGGCGUCUAGAGGCAUUGACACUCUGGCUGUACGACACGUCAUUCUCUACGAUGUCCCGCACACUACCAUCGACUUCAUCCAUCGCCUAGGAAGAGCUGGGCGCAUGGGACGUCGUGGAAGAGGCAUUGUGCUUGUUGGAAAGGACGACAAGAAGGACGUUGUUGCCGAAGUUAAGGAGAGCAUGUUCAUGGGUCAAGCUCUAAUCUAA